GGCCGACCGAGGACCACUUCCGAUUGAGGAAGGAAGCCCGAGUGGCAUCUACGCUUUGCGCGGCUCCUCCCCCAGGUUGGUCGUCUCUUGACAUCGUCCAACGCCACCAUGCCUGUUCAGCCUCUGCCGAAGGAGAUGGAAGGGGAAGGCGAUUCAGCCAUGGAAAUGAACGGUGAGGAAGAGAGCGAAGAUGAACGCAGCGCAAGCCAGUCGGAAUCCGAAGAGGAGAGCUCGGAGAUGAACGAUGAAGAUUACGAACGGCGCCGGGCAGAAUGCGUGGAUGAAAUGCUAGAUCUGGAGAAGCAGUUUUCUGAAAUCAAAGAAAAGCUGUUUAAGGAACGUCUGAAUCAGAUGAAGGCAAAAUUGGAAGACGUGAUGUCGGGAAAAGCCACGGAAUACCUCGACCCCCUGGCCGUUUUGCAGAAUCACAUGGAGAUCCAGAUCGAAGUGGCUGGGAUAUAUCGAGCUUUGUGCCUGGAAGUCAUCAAACACCGCCAUGGGUGCGAGCUUCAAGGAGCCCAGCAACACCUGGAGAGUGAGAAACUGCUGCUCUUCGACAGCCUUGAAGAACGCCUGCUGGAGCGUAUCCAGCGGCUGGAAGAUGACAGGCACAGCGUGGGCCUCACUUCAGAGUGGUGGGAUGGCAAACUUCGGCCCAAGCACAUCUCCAAGGAAUGGGAUUCCCUCUGGCCCAGCAAGAGGAAGAAACCGCCUUUGGUGUCCGGCCCAUACAUCGUGUACAUGCUGCACGAUAUCGACAUCAUGGAAGAUUGGACGGCUAUCAAAAAGGCAAAAGCUGCUGUAUCCCCUUCCAAGAGGAAGCUUGAAGGCCCGCUGAAGGCUGAGAAGCUCUCUUCGCCGCCCCUCUUCGCCGCCCACUGCGAGGAGGGCCACCUGCACUACGAGGGCGAGAUCUACGUCAAAGGGGAGAGCAUCUUCCUGCAAGUGGGAGAGGAGGCGCCCGUCCAGGCCGUCAUCACCGCCAUCAGCACCGGGGAAGUCUGGCUGCGGCGGGAAGACGCCAGCAAGACCAAGAUCUACGUUUCCCAGCUCCAAAAAGGCAAAUAUUCCGUCCAUAAGGCUUAGCGGCGGAUCCCGUGUGGUGGCGGCUCGGGGGGUGGGGGGGCCUUCAGCCACCCCCCUCCGAAAUCCUGGACUUUUUUUUCCUGGAAACGGAAGGAGAUCCUGUUGCAACAGGCAAUUUCUACACACACACACACACACACACACACACACACACACACACACACAAAGCCUGUUCGGACGGAGGCUGCAAAAAAUAAAAUAAAAUGGAAAGAUUUAGCCAAGAACGAGCUGGGUUUUUUUUUUUUCCCUUCUUCCACGUGAUACCGGAUAGCAGACAGUUCUCCUGAAGUUGGUUUUUUUUGGAGGGGGUGAUUUCUGCAUUUUUAAGUGUGCUUCUCCCUGGCACCCC